CCGCCACUGUAAUACAAUGCCGCAGAAUCAAGCAACCCCGUACUCGUCGCCCCUUGGUUCGUUCUUCUUCUCCUCUCCUUAUUAAUCUUCAAUCUCACAUUUCCCUUUUCCCCAUCUCUCUCUUUCACCUGCUCUCUGUUUCUUCAAUCUCCUUCCCUUUCUUCUCCGCCGUUGCAACUCUUCCAGUCAUGGUUCGCUUCAGUGUCACCAGGAAGCAGACCGCCCCUAUCGAUGGCCAGAAGCCCGGUACUUCUGGCCUCCGCAAGAAGGUUAAAGUAUUCAUUCAACCAAACUACUUGGAGAAUUUUGUUCAGGCAACAUUUAAUGCAUUGACUGCUGAAAAAGUUCGAGGGGCUACACUUGUUGUUUCUGGAGAUGGACGCUAUUAUUCAAAGGAUGCUAUUCAGAUUAUAACCAAGAUGGCUGCAGCAAAUGGGGUACGGCGUAUUUGGGUUGGUCAAAAUGGUUUGCUUUCAACUCCUGCUGUGUCUGCUGUCAUACGUGAAAGAGUUGGGGUUGAUGGAUCCCGAUCAUCGGGAGCAUUUAUUUUGACUGCAAGUCACAAUCCAGGAGGCCCCAAUGAGGAUUUUGGGAUUAAAUACAACAUGGAAAAUGGUGGCCCUGCUCCAGAAGGAAUUACUGAUAAGAUCUAUGAAAACACAAAAUCAAUAAAGGAGUACUUAAUUUCUGAAGAUCUACCUAACGUGGAUAUUUCCGCAAUAGGUGUUUCUAGCUUUGGCGGACCUGAAGGACAAUUUGACGUUGAAGUUUUUGAUUCUGCCAGUGACUAUGUGAAGUUAAUGAAGUCAAUAUUUGAUUUUGAAUCUAUCCGCAAGCUUCUAUCCUCUCCCAAAUUCUCAUUCUGUUAUGAUGCUCUACACGGUGUUGCUGGAGCUUAUGCAAAACGUAUUUUUGUGGAAGAGCUCGGUGCAAAAGAAAGCUCAUUACUGAACUGUGUACCUAAGGAGGACUUUGGAGGAGGUCAUCCUGAUCCCAAUCUUACUUAUGCCAAGGAAUUGGUUGCUCGUAUGGGAUUGGGAAAAUCAAGCUCUGGACAAGAACCUCCAGAAUUUGGUGCUGCUGCUGAUGGUGAUGCAGAUCGCAAUAUGGUCCUUGGUAAAAGGUUUUUUGUCACUCCUUCAGACUCUGUUGCCAUUAUUGCUGCUAAUGCUGUUGAAGCUAUUCCGUACUUCUCUGGUGGUUUGAAGGGUGUCGCCAGGAGCAUGCCAACCUCUGCUGCACUAGAUGUGGUUGCCAAAAACUUGAACUUGAAGUUUUUUGAGGUGCCCACGGGCUGGAAAUUUUUUGGUAAUUUAAUGGAUGCAGGAAUGUGCUCCGUCUGUGGGGAAGAGAGUUUUGGAACUGGAUCUGACCAUAUUCGUGAGAAAGAUGGAAUCUGGGCAGUUUUGGCUUGGUUAUCUAUUCUUGCUUAUAAAAACAAGGCAAACCUUGAUAGUGGAAAGCUUGUGACAGUCGAAGACAUAGUUCGCCAACACUGGGCCACCUAUGGUCGCCAUUAUUAUACUAGAUACGAUUAUGAGAACGUUGACGCUGAAGCAGCAAAGGAACUGAUGGCGAAUCUGGUGAAGCUGCAAUCUUCACUUGCCGAANUUUUUGUAAUUAUCAAGGGAGUUCGUUCAGAUGUUUCAAAGGUUGUCCAUGGUGAUGAAUUUGAGUAUAAAGAUCCUGUUGAUGGUUCCNGAGAACACGUUUUAGUACAAAUGACAAUUUAUAUAUUAUCAAUCUUCUUUACAUGGUUGCAGGUCUUCCGCCUGUCUGGAACUGGCUCUGAAGGCGCAACUAUUCGGCUCUACAUUGAGCAAUAUGAGAAAGAUCCAUCAAAAACUGGGAGAGAUUCUCAGGAAGCUCUCGCUCCUCUGGUGGAAGUUGCUCUUAAGCUCUCAAAAAUGCAAGAAUUUACCGGCCGAUCUGCUCCUACCGUCAUUACUUAAGUGAAUUAGAUAUAACCCAUGAUUUUGAAGAAAUAAUUGUUGCUAGCUUGCGGUGGCGCAAGAUCUCUUAAAACAUCACUGUAAGUGCUUCCAGAGUGUUUGUUUGGCGGGAAAACUUUGGCCUACAUAAAUUUUGGAUUUUGAUUGUCUUAAUAAUCUUUGAUGCUUCAUUCUUAUGAAGCUCGACAAAGUAAUAGAAUAUAUAAUAUAUAUUUGAAUGAAUUAAUGUGGUUUUUUACCCA